UUUUGUGAAAAUCCAAAUCAGUGCCAAAACAACAGACCGAAAAAUACACCGUCCAGUCUUCUGGAUCGCUGCCCAUAUUUGUCUUGCGACCCCGUCCCGUCUUAUUACUCAACCGCAACACCGCUGAACCGCUCCAGUCUCGGUCGAGCCGCGCACCCGUCGACAUCAGUUGAGAAUAGAUAUUUAUUGGCCGAUCCUGGGUGAGAUGUUACGUCUUCUCUCUAACACAUUUACAAGAUUUUCCUCAAAGGCGAUUCGUCUUGUUCAAGGGACAUCGGCCGCCGAACCGCCUUCGUUUCGGUUUAGAGCCUUGGCCACUGGCUCCAUGGAGAAGACUGAGUUCACGAAAGAAGAGCUGAGGAAGCGGCUCGACCCGAUCCAGUACCAUGUCACUCAAGAAAAAGGAACGGAAAGGCCGUUCACGGGCAAAUUCAACAAGACGUACGACGAAGGUAUUUACACGUGCGUCGUCUGCGGCGAGAAGUUAUUUUCGUCCAAGACCAAAUUUGAUUCCGGGUGCGGUUGGCCAGCUUUUAACGACGUUCUCAAUAAGGGACUCGUCAAACUUUCUAAAGACACGUCAAAUGUUGGAGCCAACCUACUGUUAUUGAUCGCAAACCCAGGUCGAAUCCGGACUGAAGUGCAAUGCGCCAAAUGCGACUCUCAUCUAGGGCAUGUUUUCGACGACGGGCCCAAACCUACUGGGAAACGAUUUUGCAUCAACAGCGCCUCUUUAAAUUUCAUCCCUAAGGACAAAGAAUCAUGAAGAUAAUGGAAUGACAGGACAGACUGUAAAAAAAAGCAUAUGUACUUUUAUGACACAAGUUUUAAAAAAAUUGUUGGUCCAUAAGAAAAGAGUAUUGCCAGCUUUAAAUAUAAUAAGUAGAAAGCAAAUGAAAGUACUUGUGCUUUUUAUAAUUCACACUUUUAUGUUUUUUUAUUUGUUUUUUGAGAAAACUAUUAUUUAUACUUCAAUAUUUAUUGUAUAGAUAAAAUGCAACCAUUUAUUUUUUUACUUUCAACUAAAUCUAGUCUCUGAGAAAGUUAAAAUUUAAGUCAUUAUAAAUUAAAAAAAUAUAUAUAUUUAUCAAAUUUAACUGUGUGUAAAAUAAAUAAAAAAUCAUAGAAGGGGGAAGGCAAUAUCAUUUUGUAUUAACUAUUUGAGCAGAGUGAACCUAUUUUUACUAUUUGUAAUUUAGUUUUUACAGCACUUGAAAGUUACAAAUGUUGAAAUUAUUACAAUGAAAUUAUGUGAAAAGAUGUGAUAAUAGAAAUCAUAUGAUCGAUUUACUGGUUGCAUUGUGUUACAAUUUUAAAUGAAGCAAUAUUAAAUAUAGUUAAUUUAUUUGCUUAGAAUUUGUAAGGCUUACUCUGUACGCAAUUACGAAUUAUGUUUUAAAUUGUCUUUGUAUAGACAAAAUUGAUUGUACUAUUUACCUUGAGACUAAAAUUUUUCUAUAGAUGCUAUUUUUUAUAUAAGUCGAUAGAGGGCAUUUUUAACGUCAACAUAAUGUCCUUAACCCAAUGUAUGUAAAUUAUUUACUUUGAUGUUGUUUUCCUAUCAUGAAAAGAAAAUUAUUUAUUUUGUC